AAACAAUUUGGAGAAAGGUCCUAUGGGAACUGGGUCUCACUAUCUUACCAAAACUCCUUGAACAAUGAGCACCUUCUUCUUUGACAACACGGUUAACGAGCUCCGUCUGGAGGGACAGCUGUGCGACGCCGUGAUCUCGGUCGAGGACGUUGAGUUUAACGUCCACAGGGUCAUCCUCUGCAACUGCGGCUCAUACUUCAGAGAUCUCUUCAGCAGCAAAUCAUCAACGUCAGGGCAGCAGGUCUACCCUUUUUCCCAGGUGUCCCCCAGUGUAAUGAAUCUCAUUGUGGAGUACGCCUACACCGGCUCUGUUGUGGUGACGGAGGAGAACGUGCUGGAGCUGUUGGCGGGAGCAGACUUCUUCAGCGUCGAGGGCAUCAUGCAGGCCUGCAGCAACUUCCUGGAGCAGCUUCUUAGUUCCAAGAACUGCGUCCACAUAUGGAUGCUGGCGGACACCCACAGAUGUCCUGAUCUGAGGAACAAGGCCUACCUUCACAUGCUGCAUCACUUUAAGGAGGUCGCAGGGUUCUCGCUGACGUUCCUGCGGCUUUCUGUGGAGCAGCUGGCCGAUUUGAUUAAGGAGGACGAGCUCAACGCGAGUCAGGAGAGCAUCGUGUUUCAGGCUGUCCUCAGUUGGAUCGCAUUCGCUCCUGAGGAACGCAGUUGUCACAUGGCCACCCUGCUGAGCAAGGUGCGCCUGCUGCUGAUGCCCAGUGAGUACUUGAUGAACACAGUGAGCACGAACCCUCUUGUGACCACGAGUCCGUUGUGCACGAAAAUGGUGAUUCAAGCCAUGAAGACCCUGCAGGAGUCCAGUACACACCGACCUCUGCAGCGCGCACGCCUGCCCCCUGCGGCGCUAUUUGCCACCGCCGGUUGGGCAAAUGAUUGCCCAACCAACAGGAUGGAGGUAUACAACGUUCGGACCGACCGCUGGGUGAGACUGAUCAACAAGGAGGCUCCUCGAGCCUUCCACGGGUGCGUCUUCCUCAGUGGAUUUGUCUACUGCGUCGGAGGAUUUGACGGCCUAAAGUAUUUAAGGAGUGCGCGGAAGCUGGACCUCGAGACUCAGACCUGGCAUGACGUGGGGCCCAUGCACGUGGUCCGAUGCUACGUCAGCGUGGUGGCGCUGAACGGCUGCAUCUACGCCAUGGGAGGCUGCGAUGGAAAUGAGAAGCUCAGAACCGUGGAGCGAUACCAGCCGGACAUCAGCCAGUGGACCCUGGUCGCACCAAUGAACGAGAAGAGGAGCAAUGCCGGCACGGCAACACUACACGGCAAGGUCUACAUUUGCGGGGGUUUCAAAAGGAACGACCCUCUGUCGAGUGCCGAGUGCUACACCCCCGACGCCAACCAGUGGACGCUGAUCGCCCCCAUGGGGGUCGGGUGUAACGCCGCAAGGGUUGCCGCCUUCAAAGACAAAAUAUACGUAAUCGGGGGCUACAGAAAUCGCUCCCAUACGAGCAGGGUCAUCGCCUACGACCCGCUGUCGGACCAGUGGAGCGCGGCGAAUCCCAUGAUUUACCCCCGCAGCAGCUUUGGCGUCGCCGUGUUGGAGGACCAGCUGUACGUGGUCGGAGGAUUUGACAAUCACGGGACCCUCUCCAAGGUGGAGCGCUUUGACGAGAAGGCCGACAGGUGGCACGCUGUCCGGGACCUGAAGGUGCCCCGUAGUGGUCUCUGCUGCUGUGUGGUGGAUCGGUACCCCUACGCCACUGCAUAUCUAUAAUUACAAUCCACUAGCAUGUAUAUGUUGAGUUAAUCUGAAUCUGUGAAGUAACUAAAGCUGUCAAAUAAAUAUUAGUGGAUUAAAAAGUACAACAUUUGCCUCUGAGAGUGGAGUAGAAGGG